CUCAAGAUUACCCUCAGCACGCCCUUUAAUUACAUUUUGUCCCUCAAAAUUCGCUAGAUCGCCAUAGCUUUCUGCGAUGUACUUCAAACCCGAAUAUCCAACCCGGUUAAACGGUCGACCCGGUUCAUGAAACCAUGUCCGCCUCCAAAGCCAAGCUCCUCUGCAACUUCGGCGGCGAGUUCACUCGCCAACUGGGCAAACUCAGCUAUAUGGGAGGCAAGACUCGGCUGGUCCUCGUCGACCGCUCAGUCAGUUUCGACGAACUUCGAUCGAAACUGAGUCAACUCACUUGCGCUUGUCCAUUCUCCAUCGAGAUCAAGUAUCAGCUUCCCGACGAGAGCUUGGAGUCUCGCCUCGUCUCCGUCGAGUGCGAAGACGACGUCGUUGCGAUGAUGAGCGAGUUCGAGGCUUCGCAGAGGAUUCAGGUUUACAUCUUCGCUUCGGACCACAGGGAGAAUGCUAGUCCAGUUGUUGCCCAACCAGUAUUUAGUGGUCCAGCCUCAACUCAUGGAGACAAUGCAACACCUAUUUAUCCCCAGGAGCUAAAUGAUUGUGAAAAUGACCUAUUUAUGUUGCAUAGAGUUGGUGAAGGUAUUUCCCAGGCUUCUGUAGAUAGCCACACCAGUCCAGCAUUAUCAGAAUUGGUUAAUGGAAGAGAAAGUGAUACCUUAACUGUUGGCCAGGAAUUCCCUGAUGCACGCUGCUUUCGUGAUGCAUUAGUAGCUUCUGCCAUUGCCUCGAAGUUUGAACUAACGUUUAUCAGAUCAGACCGGUCUCGAGUAACUGCUCGAUGUGCUGCAGAUGAUUGUCAAUGGCGAAUACAUGCAUCUAAGCUCCCAGAUGGUGAAACUUUCCAAAUUAAGACAUUGAAGGGGAAGCAUUCUUGUGUAUGGCCAGAGCGUUCUAGUCAUCGCCAAGCAAACAUGAAAUGGAUCUUAAGUUGUAUCAUGGACCGUGUUCGAGAAAACAUUAAUUACAAACCCAAGGAAAUUAUGAGAGAUAUUGAACAAGAAUACGGUGUCAUUAUUCCUUAUUUAAAGGCUCAUCGUGCUAAAGAACGGGCUCUAGAAUCUAUAUUUGGGAUGCCAAUUAAGGAUAUAGUUCUUAAUCAAGCUGAAGUUCAUAAUUUGGAGAAUGACCUACAUACUAUUCUGGAUCAGAGAAAAAAGAAGCCUCUAAAAGGGAGUUCGGUUCAUUGCAAUCUGUGCAGAAAGGCAGGACAUAAUCGUAGGAGUUGCUUAAAGUUGAGUCACAAUGAAAGCCAGGCUUCCAGUCUCAAAGAAAAAAACUUCCAUUGCAUGCUUUGCAAACAAAGUGGACAUAACAGGAGGACAUGCCAAUGCAAGCAGGUGGAACAAGUUUGGAUAAAAUAGUGUUUAGCUGUCUAGAUAUUUACUCUUUUUAUGUAAAUUUUUGUUGUUUGAAAGGCAUGUUUACUUGCUUGUUUUCCUAAUCAUUUUAGUUUUUUUUUAAUAUAUUCAUUUUAAUCAUGUAUUUACCAGUACAACUUGCAGCCUUUAUUUUCUUUUGCUGCAAUACAGUUGGAAGAACUUUGGAUUUUUUGUUUGUUGACAGAUGCAUUAACAAUACAGUAAAUGACAAGGAGGCCUUUGGAUGCCCAAUGAGAAUGAAAUAAUUAGGAUGCAUAUUUCAUGGUA